AUCUCCAUCCACCUUCACCUUUCCCUUCUAAUUCAUCGGAAAACACAUCACUUCCCAGCUGACAACAGAAAAAAUGGUACCCCGUGGUGGUUCGAGCUUCAUUUCCGGCAGCCUGUGUCUUUUUCUUUUUGGAUUUGUGUCGUUGGUUUCUCUUCACGCACAAGCUGCCACCAAGAAGUAUCAGUUUGAUGUACAAGUGACUAACGUGAGCCGAUUGUGCCAUGCAAAACCAAUAGUGACAGUAAACGGAAGAUUUCCAGGUCCUACCAUUUACGCUCGAGAAGGCGAUAGAGUUGUCAUCAACGUCUCAAAUCAUGCACAAUAUAACAUGUCCAUUCACUGGCACGGGUUGAAACAAUAUGCGAACGGGUGGGCAGAUGGACCAGCAUACAUAACACAGUGCCCAAUCCAAACAGGAAGUAGCUAUGUCUACGACUUCAAUGUCACCGGACAACGAGGGACAUUGUGGUGGCAUGCUCAUAUUCUUUGGCUCCGAGCUACUGUUUAUGGUGCCAUUGUCAUUUUACCUCAACAAGGAACUCCAUAUCCGUUCCCUAAGCCCGAUGGUGAACAAGUCUUGGUGUUUGGAGAAUGGUGGCAUGGUGAUGUUGAAGAUAUUGUCAAGCAAGGGAAUGCAAUGGGUUUACCUCCUAACAUGUCUGAUGCUCACACCAUCAAUGGAAAACCUGGCCCACUCUUUCCAUGCUCAGAAAAACAUACGUUUGCCAUGGAAGUCGAGCAAGGUAAGAAGUAUCUUCUGAGGAUCGCAAACGCUGCCCUAAACGACGAGCUUUUCUUUGCCGUUUCCGGCCACAACAUGACGGUGGUUGAGAUUGACGCUGUCUACACAAAACCCUUCACCACCGCCGCUAUACUAAUAGCUCCCGGUCAAACCACUAACGUUUUGGUCUACGCCAACAGUGCUCCGGGGAGGUAUUUCAUGGCAGUCCGCCCAUUCCAAGACGUUCCUAUUCCGGUGGACAACAAAACCGCCACCGCAAUCCUCCAGUACAAAGGCAUUCCCAAUACCGUUCUACCAUCACUCCCUCAACUGCCAUUGCCAAAUGACACCGCGUUUGCACUAAACUAUAACGAAAAGCUCCGGAGCCUCAACACUCGUAAUUUUCCGGCGAAUGUUCCUUUGAAAGUUGAUCGGAAUCUGUUUGUGACUAUUGGGUUAGGAAAAAGUGUGUGCCCAACUUGCGUUAAUGGAACCCGACUUUCUGCUUCACUUAACAACAUUACGUUUGUGAUGCCACAAACUGGACUCCUUCAAGCUCACUACUCGAAGAUAAAAGGGGUGUUUACUUCUGAUUUCCCCGAUAAGCCACCUAAAGCUUUUAACUACACCGGUGCACCUUUGACUGCUAAUCUUUUCACUUCUCAUGGAACAAGACUCAGCAAAAUCGCCUUCAAUUCUACUGUUGAACUUGUGAUUCAAGACACCAAUUUACUAAGCGUUGAGUCCCAUCCGUUUCAUCUUCAUGGAUACAACUUCUUUGUGGUUGGAACAGGGACUGGGAAUUUUGAUCCGGCUAAGGAUCCGGCGAAGUAUAACUUGGUGGAUCCACCAGAAAGGAACACCGUCGGUGUUCCUACCGGCGGCUGGUCUGCCAUUCGUUUUAGAGCUGAUAAUCCAGGUGUUUGGUUUUUUCACUGUCAUUUGGAGUUGCAUACCGGAUGGGGAUUGAAGACGGCGUUUGUGGUGGAAGAUGGACCCGGAAAAGACCAGGCUGUUCGUCCUCCGCCAAAGGAUCUUCCGUCUUGCUGACUAUACUUACCCAUUCAUGAUUUCUCUCGGAAAUAAUUGUAAAUUUGCAAGUGUCAAAUCAUCUUAAUUAAAAAUUGUAUGUUUCUUUAAA